AUUUGUAGUUUGUUAAGUGGAUAAUAAAUAAAAGUGCUGUGCGAUUGGAUUGUUAUCACUCCGAUUCUUUUCGUGAUAAGAUAAUAUUAUAUUAUUUAUUUGCUAAUAUUUCUUGAAAUUUUAAUAAUAUAAAUAAAACUAUUGGUGCGUUCUGCAAUAUGAAAGAUACCACGGAUAUAUUAUUUAAGUUAAGAGAAAUCCUUAGAGGAAGUGUUUUACCACACGUUAAACUCUCGGCAUACAUAGUACCGUCAGAUGAUGCUCAUCAAAGUGAAUAUAUAUGUGAACAUGAUCAACGAAGAGCUUUUGUAAGUGGAUUUACUGGAUCUGCUGGAACAGCAGUGAUUACUUUAGACCAGGCUUUGUUGUGGACUGAUGGGAGGUAUUAUCAGCAAGCUGAAAAAGAAUUAGACGGAAAUUGGAUUUUAAUGAGAGAUGGUUUACCCAAUACAAAGCCUAUUGGACCUUGGCUAGCAGCAAAUUUACCACGUGGUAGUACAGUUGGAGUUGAUCCUAAGCUUAUGUCUUAUAGAUCUUGGUGUCCAAUAGACAAAGCGUUAAAAACUGAAGGUUCCCAUUUAAUUUCUGUAAAAGAAAAUUUAAUUGAUAUAAUUUGGUCAACGGAUCAACCUGAGAGAACAUCCAACGAAGUGGUGCCGUUAGGUAUCUCAUAUGCGGGAGAAACUAUUUUAGACAAAUGGAAGAAAAUUAAACAAGAAAUGAUAAAUAAAAAAACAAAAAUACUAGUUGUGAGCGCUUUGGAUGAAAUUGCAUGGUUUUUAAAUUUACGAGGUUCGGACAUAGAAUAUAAUCCUGUAUUUUUUGCAUAUCUUAUAAUUACAAAUGAAAAAUUAAUACUAUUUAUUGAGGUUUCAAAACUUUCGAAAAAUUUUCAUUCACAUUUAAAGGAAAAUAAUGUUGAAAUCGAUAUAGAACCUUACGAAGCUAUUGGAGAACAUUUAGAACGACUUAACUCAACCGUAAACGACAAACUAUGGAUAUCGCCGACUUCAAGCUACUAUCUAACGGAACUUAUAACAAAGUUUAAGCGGCAUCAAGAGGUUACUCCACUUGCUAUCAAUAAAGCUGUUAAAAAUGCCACUGAAGUAAAAGGAUUUAUUGACUGUCACAUUCGCGACGGCAUAGCAUUAUGUCAAUAUUUUGCUUGGUUAGAGCAAAAGGUUUGUAAGGGUGAACAUGUUGAUGAAAUUUCAGGAGCGAAAAAACUAGAAGAUAUUCGUUCGAAUAAAGAGAAUUAUGUUGGAUUAAGUUUCUCCACUAUAAGUGCAUUCGGUAAAAAUGGAUCUGUUAUACAUUAUCACCCAGCUGAAGAAACAAAUCUUCCGAUAACAGACAAAGAAAUUUAUUUGUGCGAUUCAGGCGCUCAGUAUAAAGAUGGAACAACUGACGUUACACGAACAUUUCAUUUUGGAAAACCUACAGAGUUUCAAAAAGAAACAUAUACCCGCGUUCUUAAAGGUCAAUUAUCAUUCGGAGCAACAAUUUUCCCAGCAAAAGUAAAGGGUCAAGUACUUGAUACUAUUGCCAGAAAAUCACUUUGGGAUGUUGGUCUUGAUUACGGCCAUGGUACGGGACAUGGUGUUGGCUAUUAUCUUAAUGUGCACGAGGGUCCGAUAGGAGUAGGAAUUCGUAUUAUGCCGGACGAUCCCGGAUUACAAGAAAAUAUGUUUAUUUCAAAUGAACCUGGUUACUACCACGAAGGUGAAUUUGGAAUUCGAAUUGAAGAUAUUGUGCAAAUUGUACCUGGCGCAUCAAAAUACAAUUUUGGAAACCGUGGUGCGCUAUCAUUCAAAACAAUAACUAUGUGCCCGAAGCAACUCAAUUUAAUUAAAAAGGAAUUGCUUACCGAUACUGAGAUAAAGAUUCUAAAUGCCUACCACUUGAACGUAUGGGAAACUCUGUCACCAAUUCUUAAGAAUGAAGGCGAUUUGUUAACACUUUCUUGGCUCAAAAAAGAAACACAACCUAUAUAAUAUUCAUCUAUUGUAAUUUUAAUAAAAACAAGUUGUAAUAUAUCUUUUUUGUAUUUGUAAAUGUAUUUUGAAACUUUUUGAA